UCUUUCAUGGCCAAGCCCCACGGUGUUGCCUCCAAUGCGCGCCAAAUAACCACCCCUCUCUUCCCUUUCCAUUUUCCCUUUCUUUCAAUUUUAUCCUCAUAUUUCUCCAUGCCGAAGCAUCCGCUGGAUCUUCUCACGCAUUCUUUUCCAAUGUCUUGUGAUUUCUUGUUGGUGGACAUCCAGUCUUCAUCCACGAGCUGAGUAUUCUCGCUCAUCUUUAUUUACCAUUGCUCGGAUUCAUCGAGAUUCGGUUCUUGAAUAAUUUUGUAUGAUUUAUGAUCAGAAUGACGCGGACGUUGACGCCUCGGAGCUCUGCUUAUCUUAGCGCUUUGUCCCUGCAGAUUGAGAAGAAGCUGCAGCGGACACACCACCUAAAGAAACUGCUCCCAUUUUAAUCUCAAGUAAAAUGCGGGAAAUUUAAUCACCAACUAAGCUCGAGAAGGGAGUCAAAUUUCCAACUACGACUUUUAAAAUCCAGGGAAACUCUCAGGUCUUCUACACCAUUUUCUUUGAGAAAUGGGCGAGAUAUUUUCACCGAGUGAUUAAGUCUUGAUUAUGCUCCUGGAUGUUCCUUAAAAUCCAUACCACAUCGAGCAUGAAUAGACCUACCGAUGCACUUUCUAGAGUUGUCUCUUUGGCUCAACAGGGUUGCUAUCCAUGGUUGAAAAUCUUUUAGUAGACCAGAUUCUUAUCUUCUGUAUUUUGCAGCACGGUUGGGGGUUAUUUAUAUGAAGAUUGCAUGAGAGUAAUAUUGGCGGCAAGAUGUGUAGAGGCUAGUGUAAGAAUGUUUGAUUUGGCAACAAAAUAAUAACUUUGUCCCCAGCUGGCUCCCUCUUAACUACUUCCAUCCCUGCUAAAUUUGGGAAAACAUAAGGUGGUGGAUAGAUUAAGGAAAUCCACUCAUUUCAUACCAUCACAACUCCCUUUAUUUCCUAAGUUGUUUGGUUACAAGACACAUCCCUCCUUGGAAGUACGACACAUUACCAGAAAUGGAUGACCAAUCUGAAGUCAACUGCGCUGUUUCUGCUAUGACAAACUGAAUGGUGACAUUUUUGGUUGGUAUGGUGUAAUAUCAAAAUUAAUUUCUCGAUUGAAAGUAAGUGGAUGAGCACCACCUUCCUCAGUUGUACAGUUUAGACAAUUGGCAAGCACUAAUUCGGUAUAAGGUCAACUAAUUAAGAUUGACACCAUGCUUUUUUGUGAACUUGAGGCUUAUUUAUUACGGGGCAUAGUUUCAGAUGAAGCACGUUGUGGUCAGUAAACCUAGAGAGAUUGAAUCCACAUGAUUUGGUUUAUUUGAAACUUCUGCCAUAUAUAUUGUUCUCCUUAGCUCAAAAGGUGAAUAAAAUUUUUCUCGAAGAGGUUUUUGUCCUUAACGGCUGCUCGUAUGAAUAUAUAAAAUGCUUAUUGGCUUACCAGCGAAGUACACCACUGGACAUUUUUAUCCAACAAUUGAUGGGUUCCCUGGAUUCCGACUCAGAAUGAAACCUUGAGACAAAUCAUGUAUUGGGAAUGCGACAUACUGAAGAAGAGGCCCACAUUCAAUGGAAAGACUUAGUGGACUUGGCAUUAGCUUCUUCAUCACAGAGGCGAGACGUACUGCGAGAAUUGUUUGCUGACAUAGCAUUAGAAGUUGAUGACCGAGCCAAAGAAAUAAUUCUCAGCACAGAGGAAGAUGCGAUUGCACCUGUGGAGCAUGGAAUGGAUAAUCCAUUAUGCUUUUACGAUGUUCUUGCUGAUUAUUAUGUUCAGGUGCCAGAAGGCGGGAAACCAAUCCUUGAUUUGAUUGUCAAACUGUGGAGCCAAUCAUUUACAUGUCAUAUUUUCACACUCUUAUUCCACAAAUGGCUCUUUGAAAUUGAAAUUGAAAAUUCUGAUGAAGCCCACCUCCGUAAUUCAUCUGCUCUUGUUCAAGGUGCCACAAAUAUCUUCUGGCUUGAUAUUCAGGCAAACACUAGUCGAUUUAAAUUUCUCUUUCAUUAUCUUCUUGGAGAAGUUGCAUUUCAACCAGCCAGAUUGAACAAAAUCCCCAUACAGGUUCAAAGAGAUCUUUUUCUUUUACUUUCAAGGUUCUUAAUUUUCUAUGAUUCAGAUGAUAAGCUUAAAAGUUUUUUAAAGCAAUUUCCUCCUUUCCCAAAUGCCAUACUGAUAGGUGGUCCAGCUGACUUGUUUGUGAUUGAACUUACUGAUCAGAUUCAAAAGCUGAAGGUGGAACCUGUACUGCUGCAUUAUUUUUCACACCUGAUUGUUCUCCAAGGUUUGGAACUCAGAAUGACCACAAGUACAAGGCUAAAAACUUGUUUGUAUAGCUUCACCCCUCCAGGUGGCCCCAUGUAUCCUACCAGAGCUGUUCGACACGCUGCAUGGGAUGCUCUAGAUUUGCUGUUUCCAGUUGGACGAUAUCCUAGGCAUCUUAUAAGCCUAUUUUUCAGAUUAUUGUACCCAUGGUACUGGCCUUCAUCUUGUUGGAACUUUGUAUUAUCAUGUAUAAGGGCAGUAUUUCAUUCCUUGUUUCGGUUCGUCCUUUCGAGAUAUGAGAAUCCUAAACAGCACAAAUAAUUGGCGUAGAAUCUAAGUUUGUAUAUGUACACAAAAGACAUUUUUUACCCUCAUGCCAUGCUGUCGUCCCUCGUUUUUUUCUGGGGGCUGUAUAUGUAUCUUUUACCUAUUCAAACCCGUCUUGUGUUGACUAUCAUUGAUAAGUGUCGAAGAAGAAACAAGAAAAGAAAGAACAUAUAUUUGAUUGAACGGAAAUUUCCCUUGUU